GGUAUCUCCAAAUUCCGUCUAUACUUGCCACGUUGUUGACGUGAUUGCUAUAUAUCAAGGAAGAAGAUUACAGCUGCUAAUUCCAAGAUUCCUCACACAGUAGUUUCCCAUACAUCUUACAAAUCGCACACCAUGUCUACUGCUUCGAACGCUACACUUCCUCUUCAAGGCAAAGUCACCAUAGUAACCGGGGCCUCUCGAGGUAUUGGAGCUGGCUUGGCGACAGAGCUGGCACGUAGGGGUGCGAAUGUCGCACUCGUAUACACUUCACCCAAGAGCGAGGAGAAGGCCAAGAAGAUCGCCUCAGAUAUUGCAGCCUUGAACAAUGGCAGCAAAGCGCACAUCGUCCAAGCAGACCUGAAGCAGAUCGAAGCGCCUGAGAAGAUCGUUGCAUCGACCAGGGAAGCAUUUGGAGACAAGAUCGAUAUCCUGGUGAACAACGCAGGCGUACUCUGGGCCAACCCUAUCGAGGAGACAACUGCAGAGGACUACGCUGGCAUUUUUGACGUCAACGUUCGCGCUCCACUGCUCCUGAUCAAAGCUGUAGUCCCCCAUCUCCGAAAGCCCGGCAGGAUCAUCAACAUGUCAUCAGUCGGAGCGCGCAUUGGCCCACCAAAGAUGUCGCUCUACGCCGCAUCCAAAGCAGCCAUCGAGGGUAUGACAAAAAGCUUAGCCCAGGAGCUCGGAGUCGCAGGGCACACUGUCAACGCCGUUGCCCCUGGACCCGUCGAGUCAGAGAUGUUAGAUGACGUGCCUAAGGACAUCAUCGACGUACAACUGAAGACUACGGCCGUAGAACACCGGGUCGGUACUGCUGAUGACAUUGCGCGGAUUGUGUGCUGGCUGGCGAGUGAGGACUCAAAAUGGGUCUCGGGACAGACAAUCUCCGCUUCAGGCGGGUUUCUGAUGCUGUAAAGGUACUUGACUGCUUUCGCUGUUUCUGAUGGAUGUUUGUAUCAGCGAUUUCUUGGGAGGCGUUUGAGUUCCAAGACUUCAGGUGUUUGGAACGGGAAUAGAAGUCGCGCUGAGUAGAAGCCGAACUACUGGUCUGAAAUUCAGUAUGGUAUGAUACGACAGACGAUUGUAUGUACGACUGGACUUCGUUCCGUUAAACGGUGAAUGCAAUACGAAUCUGAGAGUCGUCGUCAGCGGGUUCCUGAGAGUCAAGACGUUCUUGAAGGAGCAGGCCUUCGCUGUCUCGGAGUUCGGAGGAUAUCGGGGAUCUAGACAUCUGGCGGUUACAGCUGUCACUUUCAAGCCUCACCGAUGAGCUCCCGCACAAUUUCU